CUCCUUCUCUUCCUUCCACCACCACCUCCCAUUCACAAUGGCUCUCCCCCUCCGCCUUGCUCUCAGAAAGGUGCCGACCCGAGCUGGUUUCUCGACGGCGCGUUUUGCGUCCACCUCGGCGAAGCAACAAACUCUCAAGGAGCGCCUUUCUGAACUCAUCCCUAAGGAGCUUGAAAAUGUAAAAGCCGCUCGCGUAGAGCAUGGCAAAAAAUCAUUCGGCCCCGUCCUAGUCGACCAGCUUUAUGGUGGAAUGCGUGGUCUUCCCGCUCUGAUUUGGGAAGGGUCGGUACUGGAUGCUGAGGAAGGAAUCCGCUUCCGCGGGAAGACAAUCCCAGAAUGUCAAGAGUUACUUCCGAGGGCGCCGGGUGGAUCGGAGCCACUGCCCGAGGGUCUCUUCUGGCUUCUAUUGACGGGAGAAGUGCCGACGGCAGAACAAGCCAAGGAGCUCUCAAAGGACUGGGCUGCGCGUGCCGCUAUUCCGGAGUUUGUUGAAGAGCUCCUUGACAGAUGCCCAACAAGUUUGCAUCCAAUGAGCCAAUUUUCUUUGGCUGUCACUGCACUGAACCACGAUUCCUCGUUUGCAAAAGCCUACUCCGAGGGUAUCUCGAAGAAAGAGUACUGGGGACACACUUUUGAAGAUUGCAUGGACCUUAUUGCAAAAUUGCCGAAUAUUGCGGGCCGCAUUUUCCGCAAUGUUUAUGGGAAGGGCAAAGUACCUGCAAUUGACACGACAAAGGACUACUCCUGGAAUCUGGCCCACUUACUUGGAUUCAGUGAAAAUGAAGCGUUCGUUGACCUGCUCCGCCUCUACAUCACUAUCCACAGUGAUCACGAGGGUGGCAAUGUUUCUGCUCACACUGGUAAACUUGUCGGCUCGGCUCUUUCUGAUCCCUUCUUGUCCUAUGCCGCCGCUCUCAAUGGUCUUGCCGGACCACUUCACGGCCUUGCCAACCAGGAGGUACUCGUAUGGUUGAGGAAGAUGCAGUCGAAGAUAGGGGAAAAUGCAUCUGACGAAGCCGUUAAGGAGUACGUCUGGUCGACUCUCAAGGGCGGUCAGGUAGUCCCAGGAUAUGGUCAUGCUGUUUUGCGCAAGACCGAUCCUCGCUAUGUAGCACAGCGUGAAUUCGCCCUUAAGCACCUCCCAGAUGACCCGCUCUUCAAGCUAGUCGGCCAGGUUUACAAGAUUGUUCCAAAUAUUCUCCUUGAAGCUGGCAAAGCGAAGAACCCUUGGCCGAACGUCGAUGCUCAUUCUGGCGUUCUGCUAACCUACUAUGGUCUUGACCAGAUGCAAUACUACACUGUGCUCUUCGGUGUAUCACGUGCCUUUGGUGUUGCUGCUCAAUUGAUCUGGGAUCGUGCAUUGGGUGCUCCAUUGGAGCGCCCGAAGAGCUUCUCGACUGAAGCCAUUAAGAAGAUGUUUGCCGGAAAGGAGAACUAGACUCGUGAUUACUUACUGCCCAUAGACUUUAGAGUACCUAACGAUCUUAAAAUGCAAUACUG